AUGCUAGCCAAGCUUCAAGACACAAGCCUGCGAAUGUACAUAGAUCAUUUGAGCCAGGUCCAGGCUGCACAGAAUCCCUGCUCGGUUGAUACAAACCGCAUCUGGCGAACCUCAGACUUCGAUGCCAAUGCAGUCCAAUUACUCCGCGAUGAAAACACUGCCAGGAUCUUGCUGAUGGACCUACGAAAAAGUGACGUUUUCAGGCUUACGGCUGGCAUGUCACCGGCAUUCCGCAGCAUUGAUGACUUCGAGGAUGCGCUGUUUUCCGGCUUCUCAAAGCUUCAUCUCUCAAAGUUCCUGAUGGGAGCAGCGGUCUCACCAGCAUCUUUUGAGAAGGGAUGCUUCCUGCUAAGAUUGAUGGUUAAGGUAUUGAAUAGGAAAAAGCAAUCUCAACCAGGAGUCUCCAGGAAAGUCUCAUGGCACCCGCAGCCAAGAGGCUAUAUAGAGCAAGCUCAUAGCAUUCACGGUCGAGCCGUCCUGAUGACCAGCACAUCUCUUUACGCCGGCGUACUGCAUGACACCGUCACACCGCUGCUUGUCGGAGGGCCGAGGCGGAAAGUCUGGCAGCGAUAUUGCAUUUCAUGCGGGCAUGACGACCAAAGCAACUUUACCAGGGCACUGCGCUGCUCACCUAACUUUGUUCUGUCGCACUUCGUUCCAUCUUACGUUCCUGGACCUCCUAAUACUCGCACUCUCAACGUUGUAGACCAUGUCAAGGCGGAAGGCUUGUAUCCGUCCUCCUUUCCUCAUUGUCAGGAGAUGACGACACUUGCUCCUGUAUGGCGCAUGAUCUCUUGGAGGAGCAUUACAAUUCCUGGUCGAUCUGAAGAUCGCCUUCUGUUCCGAGUCUCCAGUACAGAUGACAUGGAGAGUCAAUUGCUGAAUGUGCAGACGCCAUUCCUCGGCCGUACAAGCAGCGGAGAUGCAGCAAGGUUCGACGGAUAUGCCCAGCCUCCAACUCUGGCUAAUAGUCUGUUUCCUGGAAAAGCGGGUGGUACCUCAGGCUCUCAGCAUCGGCCACCAGCGCGGGAUCUCUUCUCGUUCGCUCCAUCGGCCAUAGUAGUCGCGAUGGUACUCCGUAAAGACUCUCAUAUUCUUUUGGUGCGAACUCAGAAGGAAAACAUAUGGGCUCAGCCUAUGCCUAGUCCAGUGUUGCUCUUGAGUAGGGAACUUGGCUCUAUGGUGUGGUUCCUGGUAUUGAAAUUUGACGCGCAAUUGUGCCGGUCUGUUGGUGAGGUUUCGGUAUCUCAAGGGAACUGGGGCUGUCUUGACUCAGCAUGCCUGACCGAAACACACUGUCGGAAACAGACUGGAUUUGGAAACCCAGUGCGGUCCACAAGCAAGCCCGGCUUGCAAUCUGGGUUGAGAUUGCACAAUCUAAGCUAA